AUGGCUGUCUCUCCAUUUAUAUAUAUAGCGUGUGAUAUAUCGCCCGAACACACAAAUGCCGCAGCAGCGCCUUUUCGAUCCGAAUUUUUUUGGAAUCCGGACGCAAAGACGGUGUAUGUACACACUUUCGGCUGUUCGCAUAAUAUUUCGGACGGAGAGACGAUGAAGGGUGUUCUCGCGCAAGGGGGAUAUAACAUUACAUCAAAAAAGGAAGAGGCGGAUGUUUGGGUGAUCAACACCUGUACUGUGCGUGACAAAUCGAUUCAAAGUUUUCGUACACUGUACAACGAAGCAAAAAAGACGGGAAAGAAGCUGGUUGUUGCAGGAUGCAUGUUAGAAGCGGAUCCGUCACUCUCCUCCGAAUUCCAUGCGGAUGCUACGCUCGGAGUUCGUCAGAUUGCGCAGAUAAAGGAAACAGUCGAUUCCCUCUUUUUUCCUCCCACGCACCAUUUUGUUUCCCCAUCCGAUGAAAUCCCUUCUUUACAACUCCCCAAAAUUCGAAAAGACGAAGGUGUUGAGAUUAUUCCUAUCUCGUUGGGUUGCUUGGGCGCCUGCACUUUCUGUCAAACGCGCUUGGCUCGAGGCAAGCUGUGGAGUUACCCCAUCGAUGAAAUUAUAAAACGUGUGCAUGCAGCCAAAGUGAACGGGAUUUCGGAGAUUUGGCUGACGAGUGAAGACACAGGAGCGUAUGGAAUGGAUCGAAACAGUAGUUUGAUGGAGUUGUUGGAUCGAAUUCGAUCUGAAGUCGAGGAUUCCAAUGUGAUGGUCAAAAUAGGAAUGACAAACCCGCCUUUUUUAAAACCAAUGUUAGAACCGCUGUCAACCAUCUUAAAUCACAAGAAUUUUUAUAGUUAUCUGCACAUUCCAGUCCAAUCUGGUUCGGAUGCUGUAUUAAAACGAAUGAAUCGAAAAUACCAAGUAUCCGAUUUCAGAGAGAUUUGCUCUUUUCUCUCGCAGCACGUUCCAGGAAUCACACUCUCCACGGAUAUUAUUGUUGGUUUUCCGUACGAAUCUGCGGAGGAUCACGCGAAAACAAUGCAACUUUUGCGCGACCUGAAUCUGAAUAUUGUGCAUUAUUCUAGGUAUUAUCCGCGACCUCACACAUUGGCGGCUCGUUAUGAGCAGCUUCCAAUCGAUGUAGUGAAGAGUCGAGUGAAAGAACUGAGUGAUUGGUUCAAAGCCUUGCAUCCUUACGAUGAAUUGGUGGGAAAGGAGAUGGAUGUGUGGGUAUCGAAUGAGAAAACGGGCGAUUAUCGAUGUUGUCACACGAAGAAUUAUACGAAGGUGUUGAUAGUGGAUUCCAAGGAGUUUGCAGCAGGAGAUGUAGUGAGAGUGAAGUGUGUGGAGGCACAGCGAUUCCAUGUGAAGGCAAGAAUUGUAGAGAAGAAUGGAAAUUGA